UUGAAUCUCAUGAGCGCUCAGUCAGUCAGGGAGCCAGGCAGUUCGUUGGAAACAUUUUAGCCAUUAAUGGAGCGACCAUGACGGAAGAAUCCGCUGUAAAAGUGUGUGUUAGGGUCAGACCCCUUAUUAAAAGGGAGGAAAGCGAGAGUUCAGAGCCCUUGCAGCUGUUCUGGAGAGCAGACAAACAGAUCAUUCAUCAGCUGGACGAUGACGGAGGUCAAGUCAAGAGCUUCAGCUUUGACCGUGUGUUCAGUGCAGAAGAAUCCACGGCUCAGCUGUAUCAGGACAUCGCCAAACCUCUGGUCGUCUCUGCUGUUGAGGGUUAUAAUGGUACAAUAUUUGCUUAUGGACAAACAUCUUCUGGAAAGACCUUCACCAUGAUGGGCAGGGAACAUAAUCCUGGCGUCAUACCUCUCGCCAUGGCCGACGUCUUUAAAACAAUCAAAACUUGUCCAAAGAAGGAGUUUCUUUUGCGUGUGAGCUACAUGGAAAUUUACAAUGAAACAGUCACUGAUUUACUCUGCGACAGCUGGAAGAGGAAACCUCUGGAAAUCCGUGAAGGAAACUAUAAAAAUGUAUACGUAGCCGAUCUCACAGAGGAGCUAGUUACGUCACCAGAGCAGGCGCUGUCCUGGAUCACCAAAGGAGAAAAAAACCGCCAUUACGGAAAAACCAAAAUGAACCAGCGCAGCAGCCGAUCACAUACAAUUUUUCGCAUGAUCUUGGAGAGCAGAGAGAGAACUGAUCUGGCAUCAGGCGAAAACGCUGAUGGAGCCAUCAUUGUCUCACAUCUGAAUUUGGUGGAUCUGGCAGGUGCGGAGCGAGCGAGUCAGACUGGAGCAGAAGGAACGCGCUUUAAAGAAGGCUGUAACAUUAACCGCAGUUUGUUCACGCUGGGUCAAGUCAUCAAGAAAUUAUCAGAUGAGUGUCAAAAGGGCUUCUUGAAUUACAGAGACAGCAAACUCACCCGAAUCCUGCAGAAUUCUUUGGGAGGAAAUGCAAAAACGGUCAUCAUUUGCACGAUCACCCCUGUCACUGUUGAUGAGACCGUAAGCACUUUACAGUUUGCUAGUGCAGCAAAACGCAUGAAGAACGACCCUCAUGUCACGGAGGUCUCUGACGAAGGAGCUCUCCUUAGCCGAUACCGCAAUGAGAUUGUCGACCUGAAACGACGCCUUCAAGAGGUUUCCUCUGUCACUCAAACAACUGCCACUGAGCGCCAGUCGCUGUGUCAGCUGCUCCAGGAGAAAGAGCAGCUCCAGAGAGAGCAGGAGGACAGGAUCAGGAACUUAACCAAGCUGCUAGUUACUUCAAACGUUGCUCUAGUCCCUAAGAAGAUACCUAAACGAAGAGUGACGUGGGGCGGGAAACUGCUGAGAUCUGCUCAUCUAGUGAAAGAAGACCACGGAUCUAGCGAUAUGAGCUUUGCCGAGCCGUACAUCAAGAAGAGACGUGCCGACUGCACUCUGCCCGAGGAAGGAGACGAUCUGGACGAGUUUGAAAGCCGCUUUGAAUUCACAGCUUUUGAGGAGAUCAACAUGGACAUGGAAACGAGCAACAUCACUGUCCGCAGCUCCUCAGAGGGGGGUAAUUUCUUUGACUCGCCCCGAGCGAAUGAAUUGAUGUCAAAGGUGGCGUCUCUAGAGUGUCAGUUGGAGGCGGAGACUCAGAGCAAACUGACAGCUGAGGAGAGAAGCGUUCAACUUCAGUUGAAGAUCUCAGAGCUGGAGAAAUGUCUGGAAACUCAAGCCGAGCCAUCAGGAGACAAGAUCUCAGAGCUUGAGAAAUGUUUGGAAACUCAUGACGAGCAAUCAGGAGACAAGAUCUCAGAGCUGGAGAAACGUUUGGAAACUCAAGCAGAGCCAUCAGAAGACAAGAUCUCAGAGCUGGAGAAACGUAUGAUGGAGCUGCAGCAUCUCCUGCAGACAGAGGUUGAGCAGAGACAGACGGCUGAGGAAAAGAUCUACUCGCUGGAGCUGAAGGUGUCCGAGCAGGAGAAACCUUCUGAAGCCUUGACAUGCAUUGAGUGUAAACAGAUGAAGAGAGAUCUGGAGGAGGCCAUUCAAUUCUGUGAGACUUUCGGGUUUGAAAAGGAUGGCGUCAUCGCCGAGCGUGAUCUCGCAAAACACACGCUGGAGAUCGUGACUCGAGACCUGGAAAGUCUGAAGGCAGAGAAGGAAUCGCUGCAGAAAGAUAAAGACGCUCUACAGAAGGACAUUGAGGAGAGGCGGGACGCUGAGGAGUUUGAGAAACUGGAACAGGAGAGCAAGAAAGAAUACGAGAGAGAGUUAGAGGUAGAAAACAGUCGACUGCAGGAAGCUUCAAAACAAUCGGAAGACAUCAUCCAAAAGCUUCAGGCUGAUCUGCUUCAAAUGUCCUCGGAGCUCAAGAAGAAAUCUGACCUCACAUCUGAACUGCAGACUUUGAACGACAAGGAUCUUGUGAAGGAAGUGACACAGCUGCGGCGCUCAUUGGACGAUGCUGAGUGUCUCAGUUUGGAAACCAAGAAAGAGUGGGCGUUCCUCCGCACUGAGAACAUCUCCCUUAAAGCGAGAGAUGCAAUGCUGACCACAGACCAAGAGAAGAUGGAGACGGAUGUGAAGAGUCUGCAAGAAAAGCUGGAGCAUGAGAAGGCUCGCUUCAGAAAAAUGCAAACCGAUCUUCAGAAAGAACUGAUGGGUGCAUUCGAUGAGAACACAAAGCUGACGUCGCUACUGGAUGGAAAGGUCCCAAAAAAUCUGACAGAUAAUUUUGUGUUGGAGAAAACUGUUUCUGAGCUGCGUUUACAGCUUGAUCAGAGCCACGAGCGGGAGAAAACUCUACAGACCAAUAUGGACGAGUUAGAGACACUUCCUGUUAAAGUGGAUGAGUUACUAAAACAGGUGUGUGUUCUGACAGAGGAGCUGAGCUCUGUGAAGGAGGAGAAAGAAGCCGUUCAAUCCAGCUUAGAUGAAGAUAACAAGAAACUCAAAGACGCACAAGAGCAGCUGCUGAAGAUGGAGAGCGAUCUGGUGGAAGCUCAGCUGAAGGAACACGAGCUCACUCAAGAGCUCACAGAGACGUCACAACAGCUCCAGACGAUCCAGACUGAUCUUCAGAACGUCAUGCAGGAGAACGACUCGCUCUCCAGAACUCUAGAGGAAGUCACACAGAAGUCGCUCCAGUUGGGUGAAGAACUUGAAGGUGUUCGUACUGAAAGAGACAACCUUCAGUCUAACAUUACGGGGAGCAUUCAGACGAAUCCAGAGGAGAUUGAGAAUCUGCGUUUCACCAUCAGUUCGAUAAAUGAAGAGAGAGACCAGCUGAAGGAGAUAGUACAGGUCCUGAGAGACGAGAGAGACCAGCUCAAGAGUGACAUGGAGGAGAACGUUGAGAUGAUGAUCGAGUCUCAAGGAGAACUCAGAGACACUCAAGAGAAGGUGAAAGAACUUCAAGGGAAAAUACUCAACCUGGAAUCUUCCAGAGGACAGGUGGAUGAUCAACGUGAGCAGGAAAACUGUGAGGAUGGACAGCUGGAGAAACUACGAGAUCAGAUCAGACAACUGGAGGAGAAGCUCAGCUCUGUUGCUGGUGAGGAAGACCUUUCGAUGUCUGAACGUCAUGAAGCUUUAGAAAAGAUCCAGGUGAACAUCAAGUCAUUAACGGAGGAGAGAGAUCAGCUUCAGAAGAGAGUAGAGGAGCUUGAGAAUGACAACAUCGAGCUGAAGAAACAUCUGGAGGAGAAUGCUGAGAGAGAACAUCAGCAUGGAUCCAAUGAGGAGAAUGUUGCUGAAAUUCAACAGAUCGAGACACUAAAGAGCGAGAUUGAGACGUUGACAGAGGAGAGGAAUCAGCUGACGUUAAACCUUCAGGAAAUAUCUCAACAGGUGUGUGCUCUGACAGAGGAGCUGAAACAGGAGAAAGAAGCUUUGAUGUCUAUUCAGACCAGAUCAAAUGAAGAUCAUGAGAAUCUCAAAGACGCACAAGAGCAACUGCUAAAGAUGGAGAGCGAUCUGGUGGACGCUCAGCUGAAGGAACACGAGCUCACGCAACAGGUCACAGAGAUGUCACAACAGCUCCAGACGAUCCAGACUGAUCUUCAGAACGUCAUGCAGGAGAACGACUCGCUCUCCAGAUCUCUAGAGGAAGUCACACAGAAGUCGCUCCAGUUGGGUGAAGAACUCGAAGGUGUUUGUGCUGAAAGAGACAACCUUCAGUCUAACAUGACAGGGGGCGUUCAGACGAAACCAGAGGAGAUUGAGAAUCUGCAUUUCGCCAUCAGUUCGAUAACUGAAGAGAGAGACCAGCUGAAGGAGAUAGUACAGGUCCUGAGAGACGAGAGAGACCAGCUCAAGAGUGACAUGGAGGAGAGCAAUGGCCUGGUUCUACAGGUACAGCAGGAGAACGCAGGUCCACAGCUACAAACCGACAUCACACAACAUGAAGAACUCAUGAAGCUGAAGGAAGAGCUGGAUGCUGCCAUCGAGGAGAAGAACCAGCUGAAGUCUGAUAUACAGGAGAAUGUGGAAAUGAUGAUCGAGAAUCAAGAUGAGUUGAGAGGCGCUCUAGAGAAAGUGAAGGAUCUGGAGAAGACCGUCUCAGAACUGGAGUCCAAACUCCAGGCAUCAGGACAGCAGAUCAAUGAGCCUCAGGAGCAGAUGUUACAGCUGAGAGACGAGCUGGAGGGAGUAUGUCCAGAGCGGGAGCAUCUUCUGUCCGAGAGGAAUAUGAGCUCACUCGAUGAGUCUGAAGUGGUGGAGAAGAUGAAGAGUAACAUCAACACUCUAACGGAGGAGAGAGACCAGCUGCAGGAGAUACUGAAGGGUCUCAGAGAGGAGACAGAAGAGCUGAGAAGAGAUCAGCAGGAGAAACAGGAGAUGAUGAUGCAGUUCUCAGAGGAGCUUCAGUCUACUGCUGCUGAAAGAGACGAGCUCUCAUCUGAGAGGACCAGACAAGAGGAAGAGAUGGAGCGAUUGAGAUCCGUAACCGUGGAAAGCGAUCAGCUCUUGGAGACUCUACAGACACUUACUGAAGAGCGAGAUCAGCUCAAGAAAGACCAACAGCAACAAGACGAGAUGCUGGUCGAAUUAAGAGAGCAGCUCCAGGCGGCUUCUGUUGAGAGAGACCAUCUCUUGUCAGAGAAGACUAACAGCGAUCUGCAGAGAAAGACACUAGAAGAGAUCAAGACAGGUCUUGCCUCGGUCACCGAGGAGAAAGAACAGCUAAUGGAGAUCCUGCAGAGCAACAGAGAGGAGAAGAACCUGCUGAGAAAAGACCUAGAGGAGAAGGAUGACCUCGUGGCAGAGCUUCAGUCCACCUGUGCUGAGAAAGAACAGCUGCUGUCCGAGAGGAGCAGAGAACUUCAGGAGAAAACAUCGGAGAUCAAAUCAGCAAAAGAGAACAUCUCCACUCUUACCGAGGAGAAAAGCCAGCUCAUACUGGUUCUGCAGGGGGUUCGAGAGGAGAGAGACCAGCUGAAGAGAGAACAACUGGAAAAGAGCGAGACGAUGUUGGAGCUGAGACAGGAGCUGUUGUCUACGUGUGCUGAGAGAGACCAACUUCUAGCCGAGAAACGGAAGUGGGACAUAUCCAGCGCAUGCUCAAGUAUGAUGUCAUCAUCUGAGGGAGGAGACCUCCAGGAGAUUCUGCAGGGUGUGCGCGAGCUUAUACAGGGUCAAGGGGAGCUGAAACAGAAGAAACAUCAGGUGUCAGAUCAGUCAAGUCCUACAGACAAACAGAAUCCAGCUCAGAUCCAGCAGAUUCAAGCUCUCGGUGAAGAGAUGGAGGCCUUGAGAAACGAGAGGGUGGUUCUCCGGAGAGACCUUCAAGAGUCUGCCGAGAUCUCCAAAACAUAUCAGGAAUUACUUCAUGUUACUAAAGAAGAAUUGAAGCAACUGCAGAAAGAGAAUGCUGAUGUCGUCGCACGGAGCGCUGAGGAAGAGUCUCGACUCCAGCAACAGUUGAGUCUCAUGGAUGAAGAUCUUGUGGCUUUGAGGACCAUAAGAGACCAACACAAAACAGAGAUCCAGAACCUCCAGUCACAGCUUACCUCGCUCACAAAACACAAGGACGAGCUCCAGGAAACACUGGAGAGAGUGCGAGAGGAGCAUGAGCAGCUGAGAUGCGAUCUUCAGCAGAGUGAGAUGAUGAGAACACAACUGUCUGAUGAGCUGGAGUCUCGUGGAGACAUGAAGGAGCAACUGGAGAACGAGAAGACUCGUGCCGAGCAGACCCUCGAGUCUUUAAGAGAAAUCGAAGAAGAGAGAGAUCAACUGAAACGAGUGAUGGAGCAGAAGAUGGAACAGAUGACACACAUUGAGUCACGAGCAGGAGAACUUGAAAAACAGAAGAUUUUUCUGGAGUCUGAGGUUCAUUCUCUGAGUCAGUCUCUCACAGAGGUGAACUGCAGUGUAUCUUCCGGAACGGAUCAAAGUCACCUGCAGUCCCAGCAGAGAUCUGCAGAAAUGAUUGCAGAGAUUGAUACGUCUCACGAGAAGCUGCAGGUGACCUUCAGAAAGCUCCAGGACAUUGUUGACCACCCGUCUGAUUCGUUAGCUGAUGUCAACCGUGCUGAAUGCACAGUCAUCUACCAGCUACUAGCGUUUAUCCCGAAGUCUCAGAGAAACGUCCACGGCGAGCUCACUUUGCGAACAACACAACUGAACCACGUUCUUCUCAAGACGGCGGAGACGUUCAAGAGACUCGCGGAGCGCUACAAGACUCACUUUGAGAUGGAGAUGCAGCGUGAUGUGGCGUCAUUUGAGGAGAGCAGAAUGCAGGACCUGCUCGUAAUCACGACUAGGGAUCCGUCGCAGUCUUUCAGAGCGCUCCAAAGGGAUUUCCAGCAGGUCUGGGAUCAGAGAUUGUCGCAUCUGUUGGAAAGGCGUGGACAGUAUCUGCAGAAAGUGGAGAGCGUUGUUAAGCUUCUGGAGGACGGUUUGGCCCAACACUUAGUGGCUGUGUCAGAGGAACGUCAGGAGAGAUCUCAAGGUGUCGAGGAGCUCAGCCGCCUCCUCAGAUCUCCAGACACCAGCACCAUCAUACAGCUGCUCGAGAGACGCGCUGUUCUCCGCACAAAAGCGACCGAGCAUCUGAGAUCUCGUCGUGCAGCUCUGCUUGAUCAAUUUCACGCUGAGAUCUCCCUCCUCAAAUCCAACUCAGCCGAGUCUGAGCGGCGCUUGAAAGAGCAAAGGAGAGAAACACUAACUCUACUACGAACCCCAGAUGAGAUCCAGCCUAAAACCGAAGCUGAACUUCUGCAGGACAAUCAGCGUCUGACUCUACAGCUGCAGCAUACGCAGAGACAGAUGAAGGUGAUUCAAACACAGAUGAAGGAUGUCAAGAGCCAGGCUGAUGCCUCAAACCAGAAACGCCUUCAGGAACUAAGCACCGAGCUCAAAGAGAAGGAAGUCCUCAUCCAGAAAUUAAAAGCCAAACUUAAAGAGGCAGAGACGCUUUCUAAGAAAGACUUGACGCCUGCUGAUGUCCAACUGGAGUCCUUGAAGGACAAACUCGUUAAAAUGGAGCUGGAUCACAUCGCCAUCACCACAUCCCGUGAUAAAGAACUGGGACAAAUGAGCUCCAUGCUGGAGCACCGAGCAGACGUCAUUCGCAAGCUGAAAGAGACGCUCAGGAAAAUCCAACAGGACGACGAGCAGUCAUUCAUGGACGGAGAUGAGCCAGAUCUUCAUUUGAACACGCGAGCAGUCACGUCUCUCAAAGAAAAGAAGCUUGAUGAGCUGCAGAAGAAAAGCGCUCAGUUCGAGAGUAUUGUGAGCAAACAACAGGAGGAGAUCAUGAAAUGGAAGCGCAGAGCUUAUAAGAUAAGGGAGAGUAAGAAAGAGGGUCCGUGCACACCGACCAAACGUCAGGCGCCCCUCAUGGAAACCGAAGUCAACUCUCCAAACAAGAUGUUUCUGGACUCUCCAAAGAGCAAGUUCUUUGACGUGCGCUCUUCUGCUCCCGUCUCGAUCAACUGCCCCACACGCUUCUUUGACAACUCCGCUCUCGGGACGGUACCAGACUGUAGCUCCAGCACGGCCGCUGCUUCAGGCGGAGCUCAAGGAGCUGACUGGUGGCAAAUUCCUAACGCUUCUCCUGCCAAGCCCAGUGCUAGCGGCAACGCUAAUGGAUGCCCGACACAGUGAACACUUCCUGUACACAUAUGUGCUCAAUGUGAAUACAGUGGUCGGUUUUAUCGUAUGUCUUCCUGUACGUGUUAGAUUUACUUUCUUUGUGAUUUGUUUUAUGUCAAGGUUUUUAUGUAAAUAAAUGCAUUAUUUUAAACCAUA